AUGUAUACUUUCCUGUUGCCUUUGUUCGGCCUAAUGGCGCUUGCAAGCGCAUCACUAAACUAUCCAGUUUUUGGCACUAAGCGGUACACCAGAGCAAACCUGCUCCCACCCAGCAAUUACGGAAGUUCACUUUCGAUGCCGGCAUAUCCAAUUGUUCCGCAAUACUACGAAAGUCCGCCACAAUACACGAUGGCGAUGCCUUCGUACUCGAUGAAUCCAUCAUCGGCGGAUUACUACGACGACAGUGGCUACUACAAUAGUAACUAUUACUACGUUCCUCCUGUGCAUCGAAGACACCAGCGGCAAGAUCGCUACCCUUCGUACGGGCUUCCGACAUAUCGUGGUGAGUACAAACCAACUCCGUAUUACUACGCCCAUGCUCCCAGCUACAGCUACUCCGAUGAUCGGGAAUCCAACAACCCAUUGGAUGACCUUCAUGAGGAAAUGUUGCAAGAAGACGAGCGAGAAAGAGCCCGUGACUACAUGCCCGUAGGACAAGAGCAGUGGUACGAAAGCCCAGCACGGCAUUCUGCCGAUUCCACGUUCCUGCGAAAUCUCAUCAUGUACAAUAAACAGAUGAACUCACUACGCAACAAUCAGCCUGAUUCUGCUGAAGAAUAUGAUGAAUACGAUGUGGGGGAGCCAGACUACUACGAUGCACCAUAUGCCGACAAUGGCAACAGUUACAGUAGCUAUAUCAAUCCCUACAACAAUGCUAAUAGCGACAGUCGCAGUACUCUUAGCAAAAUCACUAGCUUGCGGAACAGUAUGGCUAAGAACGCUCUAGAAGAUGACGAAGAAGUUCAAGAACUGAAGUCACUUAUCCACCAGCAAAAGAACAGUCGAGUAGCCCAACAGCCACAGUUACACCAGCCGCAGUUCCAGCAAUCGUUCAAACAAUACCAGGACGAACCUUCAACGUCCGAUCCUAUCCUAGACACUAAACAACAACAGCAACGUUCGAUGUCCAGCGACUAUCAACAGUACGGAAACACGGACAACUGGCAGCAAGACAGUCCAUCGUACAGCAGCUACGAUUACGAGAACGAGUACGACGACAACAACUGGAGCCACUGGGACCGGAAGCGAAACGUGCAGCCGAAAAAGGUAGCUUUCCCCAUGUUUCCCUUCACUUCGGCACCUACGACAGCGGCUCCCACGGUGGCUCCCUCAAUGGCCGUAACGGUAGCACCUCUGCUGACUACUUCAGCAAAGCCCCCGUCGCAAGCGCAGACGCAGACCCAUAACGGCCAAAAGGAGGUAGCGGUUCCGCGGCCCGCCGCUCCGGUACGCAAUCCGUUUGCCAACCUGAACGCACUGCAAAAGCAGCCGAAGGGACACCACCCGGCCGGUACCGUCGUGAAUGGGGUGGCCCAGGCUAAGCCCGUCAAGGUGAAGCCCAGCAGUGUGUACGACACGAUCAAGAAGAUCAUCGACAUGCAGCAGAAUCUGGAGGGUGCUGAAUUGGCUUUGCAGCUAGACAACCAGAAGCACCAGGAUUCACGAGUUCAGAAACGGUUCGUAACCAACGAAGAGUCCCUGGUGCAGCAACUGGAUGGCCUCAAACGAACGGCGUAA